UAGCUUGCGAGAUCACCCGCAUCCAUGUACGAAGGUUACCAGCCUUGCACCCUUCGAUUACCACGGUGGGGUGCGAAUCGUAGGGAGAGGUCAGUCCAAGUUACGAACGUUCAUCUCACUUCUGCACUAAAGUUUUUCGAUGCGUGCGUUAUACGUGAUCAACGCAUUUUCCUCUUUCACCUCUUCUUCUAUCUCUUUUUAUUUGUCAUCUAUUUCUACUUUCACCUUUUCCAGUAUCAUUAGGUCAUCCUCUUCAGACACCACCACCACCACCACUACCACCACCUCCUCCACCGUCAUCCCUUCCCGCAUUCUCGAAUUCGUGAAGAUCGAAAUCAACGGUAGAAAUCUGUUGUGAUCAUUCAGACGAGAUCUUAGCGAAAUGUUCGAACGUCAACAGAGACGGCAAGAAAGGAAAUGCACUUAUUGGCUAGCGUCUGCGCUCUCAUAUUGAUCUGUGUCCCGGUCUGACGUUAAGCGCACGAGUUUACGGGUGGGACCUCGACAACGCCGCCCAAAAAUGUAUAUUUUUUUGAGAUUUUCACGAUUCAUCCUAAUAUCGUCGAUACUCUGCAUCGGUCUCUGCUCCGAAGAUGAGGAAAGAUUGGUGCGAGAUCUUUUUAGAGGCUAUAACAAGCUUAUCAGACCGGUGCAAAAUAUGACGGAAAAGGUACACGUCAAAUUUGGACUCGCCUUCGUACAGCUCAUCAACGUGAACGAGAAAAAUCAAAUCAUGAAGUCCAAUGUAUGGUUGAGAUUCGUAUGGAUGGAUUAUCAAUUACAAUGGGAUGAAGCGGAUUACGGUGGUAUUGGAGUACUUAGGUUACCGCCUGACAAAGUAUGGAAGCCGGAUAUAGUAUUGUUCAACAAUGCCGAUGGUAAUUACGAAGUACGUUACAAAAGUAACGUUUUGAUAUAUCCAAAUGGUGAGGUACUUUGGGUACCACCAGCAAUUUAUCAAAGUUCUUGCACAAUCGACGUCACCUAUUUCCCAUUCGAUCAACAAACAUGUAUUAUGAAGUUUGGAUCAUGGACAUUCAAUGGCGAUCAGGUAUCCUUAGCCCUUUAUAACGACAAAAGUUUCGUCGACCUCUCGGAUUACUGGAAAAGCGGUACCUGGGAUAUAAUCAGUGUGCCAGCUUACUUAAAUGUCUAUCCCAGCGAAUUACCAACCGAAACGGAUAUCACGUUCUACAUAAUAAUACGACGAAAGACCCUUUUCUACACGGUGAAUUUGAUCCUGCCUACCGUCUUGAUUUCAUUCCUUUGCGUUUUGGUAUUCUAUUUGCCUGCAGAGGCAGGUGAAAAGGUGACACUCGGUAUAAGUAUUCUCUUAUCGUUGGUCGUGUUUCUUUUACUUGUUAGUAAAAUCUUACCACCCACGUCUUUGGUACUGCCGUUGAUUGCCAAAUAUCUUCUAUUUACUUUCAUCAUGAAUACCGUCAGUAUCCUGGUGACCGUGAUCAUAAUAAAUUGGAAUUUCCGUGGUCCACGUACUCACAGGAUGCCGCAAAUGAUACGAAAAGUAUUUCUCAAGUAUCUGCCUAAGUUUCUUUUCAUGCGACGACCGAAAAAAACCCGUCUCAGAUGGAUGAUGGAAAAUCCAAGUGUAACAUUGCCAGCCUCGACCUAUUCCGGCAGCCCUACGGAACUACCAAAGCAUCUGCCAUCUUCCUUGGCUAAGAGUAAGAUGGAAGUGAUGGAGUUAUCCGAUUUGCAUCAUCCUAAUUGCAAGAUUAAUCGCAAGGUUCAUCAUACGACGAGUGGUUCGAGUGCAGCUGGUGCUGGUGAAGCUCUUGGCGAUAGAAGAGGAUCCGAAAGUUCAGAUUCUGUUCUUCUCAGUCCAGAAGCUAGCAAAGCUACGGAGGCAGUUGAAUUUAUAGCUGAACAUCUUAGAAACGAAGAUCUCUAUAUACAAACAAGAGAAGAUUGGAAAUACGUUGCGAUGGUGAUAGAUCGAUUACAGCUUUACACCUUCUUCAUAGUCACCACAGCUGGUACCAUAGGGAUCCUAAUGGACGCACCUCACAUUUUCGAGUACGUGGACCAGGAUCAUAUCAUAGAAAUAUAUCGCGGCAAAUAAUCGCAUUAUGUAUCCUGUCAUAUAUCUUUUUUUUUCGUUCGCUGAUACACAAUCAUCGACUAAGAGAAGAAAAUUCUUUUCUUAUUUUUUUUUUUAUAUUUACAACAACGCGUAUUUUUUACUUCCAAUGAAGAUGUUUUCCAUCGAAUUAUUAUUCUAGGAACAUAAGAAUAUUCAUCAUCAUUUAACGAUCGUUCGCUUAAUUUUCGCGUAAAAUAACCCAUACCAACUCGUAACACAGAAUCAUCAUCAUCAUUAUUGAUUAUUUUUUCUUGACGAGGUUCAAACAAUUUAAUUCGACAAUUUUUUCUCGUUUUCUUUUCUCUUUUCUUUUUUUUUUUUCUACGAAUAAAGAAAAAUAACAGAGCCUGUGUAACUGCCCAGAGAUACAAAACAAAAAAGAAAAGAAAAGUCUUAUUAUAAACGAAACGGCAAUAUUAUAUUCGCGAUUUUUCAAUCGAACGAUAGCUUGUUUCUUUAAACUAAUUAUUCUAACGAUAAUACAAGGAAAUGAAUAGAGGCUUAAGAAUCUGUAUUGCUUUUUUUCUUUCUUUUAAAACAUUUUGAAGAUUUUAAAUAAAUAAUUAUUAACGAUUAUCAUCUUAGAUAUUCGUUGAUCAUGGAUUGAGAAGUAAAAUACAAUAUGUUCGGUCAUGAAGAACGAAACUUUUCAACGAGAUAUAGAAAAUAUCGUUAGAAUUAUCGUAGUUGCCUCUACCGUUAUCGUCUUCCUUAAUGCUACUGAUCUUUCAUAAGUUUCUUCGCGCGAAUUUGAAAUAAUCGAUUGAAGAGAAAACAAGCAAACAACGUUUUUUGACGUUUCCUCAUGACUUUUUUCGAUUGUGUCUGUUUUUUAUCAUUAAAAAGGACACGUGAAAGGAAUAACUCAUUGCUGAUAUCCUCUCGAAAUAUUUGAUUUUAAAGUAUUAUACAUAUAAUAUAUUAUCAAAAUUUCAUAUAACAUAAUUUUUAACAUUAAACGAUAUAUUUUCUAUUGUUUAACUAAAAUAUGUCCAACAAGUAUUUACGUUGAAAUUAAUUGUUUUGAUUUAAUGAUCGUAAGAAAGAAAGAAAAGAAAAAAAUGGAGGGAACGUUAUUCAAUUAAUUUAAACUCUCGUAUGAUGGAAACUGAUUUUUAUAAAAGCGACGAGCCAAAAGAAAUAAAAACAAUUAGAUUUUUAUAAGUUUCAUGAUUAUUGAUAAAAAUAGAAAGAAAAUCGUGAAUGACGGAAAAGAGAGAGAUUAAUUGUAUUAUUAAUCGAUUAUGAGAGUUUGUCCUAAUCGAGAGAGAGAGAGAGAGAGAGAGAGAGAGAAAGAAAGAGAGAGAUCAUACUAAAUAGCUUUAUUAACGCGCACAUUAGAAGCACAAUGUCCACGGCCCUGCGUACUUUUAUUCGUUGUUAGAAUAUCGUACGUAUUCGUACAGACAUUUACUAAUCGUACAUAUAAACCGUAAUAAUUGCAUCCAUAUUGUACAGAAGAUUGUUAAACGGUCAUGUUUUCUCUAAUAGAACAUUUGUCCCUCGUAAAGAAAGAAAGAAUGAAAGGAAGAAAUAAUGAAAAAAAAAAAUGGAAGAAAGAUUGAAGAAAAAAGUAAUGUUCAAGUCGUUAAUUUUAUCGGAUUUGUUAUAGCCUCUCUGGUGCCUCGAGAUUUAUCCCAUCGUUAUCGAUUAUAGAUAAAUGAAAAAGAGUCGAGUUGAUGAAAAAUAAAUAAAUAAAUAAAUAAAUAAAAGUACCGUUUGUAAAUAUAGAUAAUGUUUAGUUUGAUUCGCAGAAACGAAAAAUUAUUAGCGAAUGUGAUCGUUAAUUUUGUGCUUAUAAAAACCAUUAACGAGCCAUACCUCGUGUAAUCCCAUUGUAAAUGCCAUACAGUCUCUAUUGUCGAUCAAUCAGAGGUUAUAAUAUAAUGAAAAUAAUUAUUCGGCAUGUGAAUCACAUAUAGGAUAUAUAAUAUGAUACUAUUAUAUUGGAUUACGAAUUGAAUUCGUUUGAAAAUCUUCGGAAGUUAUCGAAAAUCUUCCCUACCUACGAUUAGCGUAUAUCGCGUCGAUACUUUAACGAUCGAAUUAUUUCUAACAAGCUCUUUUUAUAUAUAUAAAAACAAAAAGAAAAAAAAAAAGAAAAGAAAAGAAAAAAGAUUUCAAUGAUUAUCAAUAAAAUCAUGUAUAUCCUAUAUUUAAAUAGGAUAAGUAAAGAACUUGUUAUACGAGAAUGAUUAAUCGUUAGAGCUUCGAUUCAUCUUGGAUAGUAUGCCAUGCGUCUUCCUCAAAGAAAUACAAUAAUUAGAAUGUAGACAUCAGAUAUAUAAACUGACUAGGGUUUGUGCUAUCUGCCGAUUUUUCUUUCCUUCCUUUCGAUGUUUAUACUCGAAGGAGACGAGUCCUUUUUAUUUUGUGUGUUCUUCUUAAAUGCAUUUUCUUUUUUUCCAUUUAAAAUAAUUAAUCGAAACCAGUUUCUGCCGACGAUAUUAUAUACAUAUAUAUAUAUGAAACAAAUUAAAAUAAAAAAAAAAAAACAAAAACGGGAAUAAUUUUCUUUUAAAAGGAGGUACCUCGUUUGGUUGAAUUUAUGAGUAUGUUAGAUCUUGAACGUUUGACGAACACUGGCACAAUUCCUAGUGGUUUAAACGUGUUUGUUGUUAGGUAAAUAAUUAAAUGAAAGAUAAAGUAUGAAAGUGUGCUAUGUGUAAUAAGAUGAACCUGACUUAUACCUGCGCAAAAAUGAAUUUCUUUUAUCUAAUAGAGAAAAAGAUGAUCGUAUUAUCGAAUGUAUAUUAGUUUACGUUACGUCUAAGCGGGAAAACUGUUAAACCGAAGAUUUGUACUUUAUUAUGCAUUAUGUAUAUUAUGACCGUAUCUAAAUUAAAUUAAUUUGUUAGUUAAUAAAGAUGUUAUUCGAUUAAGGAA